AUGUACAUGGAGAACUCGUACAAAUUCAAAAGUCACAUACUGCCACAUGACCAGCAAAUCAUCAGACAUUUGUCAGAUAUCAGAUGUAAUCCAUCGGAAGAGUAUAUAGGAUAUACUUUGGAAUUUCAUUUCACACCUAACAAAUGGUUCACUAAUAAUGUGCUGACCUUAAAGUUCGAGGAGUACCCUCCAGACAAUAUUUUUGAUAUUGUUAAAUGUUACGGUUUGGACUACGCUAUUGAGUACAAACUUACUGGCUGUGAGAUUAAUUGGAAUGAGGGGAAAAAUGUGACACAGCAAAUCAAAAAUGUAACACUUGAAGGCACCCAAGUUCCUUUCAACAAAACCGUUGAAUAUCCAUCAUUCUUCAAUUUGUUUAAUGAUACAUAUAAAUUCACGAAUCCCGAUAGAUGGUGGUUUCAAUUAUUUUUCAAAAAAUAUAAACACAAGUGCAAUUGGUUAGUUAAUGAAGCAUUUAUGGAAUUUUAUUUAAAUCACAAGGACGUAUUAUCAUUUGGUGAUAAGAUGAAAAUGUUUGAUUUUUCUGAUCAAUACGAGACGUGUGAGUCGUAUAUUGAGACGGACGAAGAAGAUGGUGUGUCUCACUCACACAUGAAAUAA